AUGAGUAUCCUCACAAGAGCAAAUCUCGGCGACUGCCCUUUCAGGAACAUUGGGUAUCAUGUUGUUGACAACAGUUCAAAUGAUAUUCAUGGUCCCCUGAGCGAUCCCCGCCAGGAAAACAGAGAAGCCUCAGGAGCAUCUACCAAAAAUACAAACACUAGAUCCCUGAACAGAGCUGCCACCUACUUUCAAGACUCGCGCAUCAAAAGCGUAAGUGGCAGAAAUAUCGGGCACACUGUCAUCGACAAAAGUUCGAAUAAUAAUCGUUGCGAGCCCCCCACCGAGAGAGGACCCUCAGGAGGAUCCCCUCAAGAUGAACUUGUCGGACAGAAUGAAACUUUCGCAAAAAGCGAAACCAUCACCAACAUCAGUGGCAGGAAUAUUGACUGUGAUCGUGUCACCGACCACAGCUCCAAUAAUUAUUGUGAUCCCUCGGUCUCCGCCGAGCGAUAUGAACUACCCGCAAGAGAUGUAGACAUCAAUUCGUCGGAUGGAGCCCCUACCCUCCUUAAGGAGGCAAAGAUCUCCAAAUUCCGUGGCAGAAAUGUUGGGUACACCGUCACCGACAACAGUUCAAAUAACUGUAGCCACCCCAUGGAUUUCGCCCCAACCUUCCAAGGGUCCUGCCACGACCAACAUACCACAUCGUCCCCCUCAACGGGUACCCCUACAGUCCUCGAAGGCGCAUCCAUCACUCAAGCCUUAAGUGGCAGGAACAUUGGGCUCGAUGUCACUGACAACUCUUGGAAUAAUUGCGGUACUCGUCCCCCAGCCCUACGACAUGGAGGAGGCUCAGAAGGAUCCCCCAUUAAUCAACCUACUUCGCCAACCUCGACGAGCACCCCUAGUGUCCUGAAACGCUCUAGCAUCGGAGACCUAAGUGGCAGGAACAUUGGGAUCAAUGUCAUCGAUUACAGCGAGAAUAAUAGUGGUGGUGCCAGCGACUCCGGCGACGCAGAUGAGCUCUAG